UGGGUGACAGCCUGUACACUAACCAGUCUCAUAGUAGCUAACUGAAGGGUUUUAUGAAGGAGGAAUUUGCUUUAGUUACAAAAACUACUUUGGACAAUUCAACCUUCAAGAAGAUUAAAGAACAAUAUCCAAGUCAAUGGCGUUUUUUUCAGUGGAUCAUCUGCGAAAGUGUGAAUGGACCACUAUUCAGUCAAUCAGUGCAACAGUGGAUUAAGAUGAUGACAGGCUGCCUUUUCAUUUGGUGUCUUUCCAACUGUAUGUAAACUCCCUUGGCAAAACAAGCCAUAGAAAGAUGAAUAAAAACAAACUGAUUCAUGAUUUCCUGGAGGGUGUUUCAAGAGGUGAUGUGGAACUCAUCAGCAACCAUAUUUCUAAAGUUCAUUCCAUUCUUGGAAACUUAGAUUUUCAGCACCCCACAACUGGAAAUACAGCCCUCAUUAUUGCUGCAGAAAGAAAUUUAAUAGAGGUUGUUGAAUUUCUUUUGGAAAAGGGAGCAGACAUAACACUCUGUAACUACUGUAAUCAGACAGCCGUUCAUGUAGCUAACAAUGCUGUCCAAAAGCAGCUUCUCUUGGCCAUCCAUGGAACCCGAGCGCCUCAUUUGCAAUUGCUUCAAAUUUCCUGGCAAGGGGACCUGCAGCAACUUCAGGACUUGCUGGCUUCGGAACAAUUCUUGGAUAUAAAUUUCCCAAAUCAACAUGGAUUGACUCCUCUGAUGCUGGCAGUGAGAGAUGUUGACCUCUUUGAAAGCCUUGAUAUGUUAACAGAGUAUAGGCCCAUUGAACUUCUUUCAGAACUUCUCAAGCAUAAUGCAGAUCCCAAGCUCUGUGAUGUUAAUGGAAAAUCAGCCAUGCAUUAUGUAUCACAAAUAAAAAGUUCAAAGAAACAACAAUUACUGGAUAUACUAAUGAAUUCUUUGCCCAAACUAGAAAGACAUCCUGAAUCAUUGCUUGACAUUUGUCACGAAACGGAUCCUUCUGAAUGUGGAACACUGAUGACUGCCAAAAGCCAAAACAUCAUUUUGCAAAGCAUUAGCAGCAGCGAGGAAUCUGACCAGGAUGAAGAUUUUAGUUAUUCUACAUGGACCAGUGAAGAUGAAAUCCCAAGUGAGGAAAUACAGGACUAUGGGCAUAAGACAAAAGGUGAUGAAAUUAUUAUUACUUUUCAAAGAGAAGAUGAUAGUCCCCAAGAAAUGAGCCAAGUUGACAACGAUUUUGAAGCACACAAUCAGACAAUACCAAUGCACAGAAAGUGGGCAAGUGAGUGCUCUAUUUCUCUUCCAAAUGAAACUGAAAUGGUGGAAUUCAAAAUGAGGCAACAGACUAUGUUACCUUUCCUUCUCAAGAAAGAAGAAAACUUAGAGCAGCUGCACGGGGCUGACUUUGGCUUUCUGGUGCCAAGACAUUGCUCAGAACCUAAUGUUUCCAAGUCUGUAAUGGGUAAGAAUAGCUUCCAGAUUAUGAAGGCACAGCUUCAACACACUAAAUCUGAUGGUUUUACCACACCUGCUGUCAAACUUAGUAGUCGAAGUACUGAGUUUUCCUUAAUACCAUUAUCAUUCUUGCCUACUGAGUCAACUCAACUUGUUCUUCUAGAAAAUAACAAGCUUCUUAAAAAGACAGAAAGACAUAUUUCCAGAACCAUAUAUCCAGUGGCUAAUCUUAUAGAGCCCACUAGUCGAUCUGAUGGCUUUCAUUUACCAACUAAAUUGCAACAAACCCAGACUAGAGUCUUUGUGGACUGUAGUCUCAGAACAUCUGACGGUUAUAAUUCCAUUUGGUCUAGGAACAUGUGCUCCUUUCGGAAGGAUCAUUGGUCCUCAUCAGGAGAGGGCUCGAAAGAACAUCUGGAAAGAGAAGAUCUAAAAUGCGACCAAGCUGAAGAUGGUGCACAACUGGAAGACUCUGUCUUUGAAAAAGGCCAGUCAUGGGCAUCCAUUGAGAAUGAGGACAUUUGUAAAGAAAAUCACACCACUGAAGCAAAAGAGACGGAUUCCCAGGAGGGUGGAAUUAGAGAUACCAAGGAGGAAAAUACUCAGUGGAUGACAUUAAGAAAUCAUCCUAGCUUGAGGCAUGGGAAGCAUGAACAAGAUCAAGGAAAGGCACAUGGCACUCAAACCACGCUCCAAGAAGUUCACCCUUUAGUAAUGACUCAAGGCCAGAGUGAAGGUUCUGGAAAUGAGCUUCCCAGUCUGAACGGUGCAUCAGGACGUCCAAAUGAAGCCAGUGAUCAAAAUUGCAUUCCAGAUCCUGUCUUUACAACCGUGCCUAUUGUUAUCACUCCUGGCCCAACAGCAAACAUAUUCAAAAGCCACACAGGCAGAGAGACGUCCACAAAAAUAGCAGCAUCAGAAACAACAGGAACAGAAAUGAGUGAAAUGGUGCCUCUGGUCUGCAUUACUUUUCCUGGAAACGAUUGCCCCAGGGAGCCAAGCACAGCCAAACAGGGCAUCUCAAAGAGGAAGAGUCCUCUUCAUAGCAACAGCACCACCUUCCAUAAACUUGCUCACCAAGAAAAUGACAAAUGUAGAAUGAAGACCCACAGGAAGAAAUCAGAUUCAAAGACAAAAAUGAACAGCAGGACGUCUCAGAACCUCACAAUUUCUAUUGAGGGUUCCAUCAAACCUACUCUUCAAAAAGCAAGCAUGAAAAGGCAAGUGUUCCCCACUUUAGGGCAGGCUGAGUCCAGGCCCAGGCAAUCAGCCAAGCUUCAGAGAAGAGGGCCACAAAUAGAAGAGAAGCCUUUAGACCUCCACGCUUUGAGACCCCAAAGGCAAGGAUUUCCCUGCAUCUGCAAAAAUUCUCGACCAAAAAAGGCUGCUGUUCCUGUUUCUGUCCCUCUGGCAAAGUCAAACUUUAAUUUUUCAGACCUGAAAUAUAGUGAUAUGUUCAAGGAAAUCAAUUCAACUGACAAAGGACCAGGAAUUUAUGAAAUGUUUGGGACUCCUGUAUAUUGUCACGUCCGAGAAGCUGGGCGUCAGGAAAGCAAAUUCUAUAGGGAAACAAGUUCUGCUCCAGCUAGAAGGUGCCUUUCGAACAAAUGCCCUGCCGCACAGAAUGAAAGAAAUGGUAAUGGCAAAGUAAGGAUUUCCCAGAAAAAGGGACAUCCAAAACCUCCCAAAAGUUCUCUUGGCAUUAAACAAAAGCACAAAAAUUUAAUUUCAAAAGAAAAAAAUCACAAGUCAACAGAGGUUGUCAUAGAAAAUAUGGAAAAUGAUGGUAUGAUUUCAGAACCUGAUUGGCAUGUGAAAUCUUCAGGAGACACCUCUCUCUCUUGUAAAGAUGAAGCUCAGCACCUUAAUUCGGUUCACUCUCCAGAGGAUCUUGCUGAAUCUCUAAAUCAGAAUGAACCCGGUCCUAACUCAGAUUUGUCCAGUGGGGGGAAAGUUUUAGUGGAACAGUCCUCUAAGGAUGAAGACCAUUCUCAGAGUCAAAUACUUGCCACAAGCCUCAGAGACCUGCAUGAGCUUGAAGAGAGACAUCAGACUAAAUCUGUGACUUCAGUGGAUAUAUGGUUACAGCCAAGUCAAGAGAAUGCCAUGAAGUCUUUAUUACAAGAAAGACUCUCUAUGGAGCCGAAAGUCAACCAGACUUUUUCUGAGACUCCAAGAUCUGAGAGGGUUUCCAAUAAACUUCCAUCGCUGACUGCUUUCUCUUUCCCAGAGAGGGCCCAAAGUGCAUCUUCUCAGGUACCACAAAGCCCAAACUGGACACAUUCAAUGGAACACAGCAGUUUAGCACACAAGUCAGUUACAGAUCAGAGCACUGGAAAAACUGAAAGCGUUUCAAGCUCAAUUUCUAUGGACACUUUGGACUCCGAAAACAAUGAAAAAUUAACAGAUGAAUUACUAGGUUGUCUAGCAGCAGAACUAUUGGCUCUCGAUGAGAAAGACACAAAUUCCUGGCAAAUGGUGACAAAUGACACAAAUGCUGAAACACAAAACCCAAUCAUCAGUGGAAGAGGAAAUACCUGCCAAGACCUUGACAAAGAGACAACAAGACUCAAAAUACAGAAGUACAGUAACAAUUUCUGGCUAUCUGACAAGGAAAAGCCUUUUUUCAACUUGAAUGAAAAGCCAUUUUCUGAAAACAGUUUAAAGCAUGAAGAGCCUAUUCUAUGGACCAAAGGGGAAAUCCUUGGGAAGGGUGCAUAUGGCACGGUGUACUGUGGUCUCACAAGCCAGGGCCAACUCAUAGCUGUCAAACAAGUAGCUCUGGAUACCUCUGAUCAGGUGGCUAAUGAGAGAGAGUACCAGAAACUGCAAGAAGAAGUGGACCUGCUCAAGGUCCUGAAGCACGUCAAUAUUGUGGCUUACUUGGGAACAUGCUUGGAAAAGAACCUUGUAAGUAUUUUCAUGGAAUUUGUUCCCGGUGGCUCCAUUUCUAGUAUUAUAAACCGUUUUGGGCCCCUGCCUGAGAUGGUGCUCUCCAAAUACACCAAGCAAAUUCUCCAAGGUGUAGCCUAUUUGCACGAGAACUGUGUGGUACACAGAGAUAUCAAAGGGAAUAAUGUCAUGCUCAUGCCGACCGGAAUAAUAAAGCUGAUUGACUUUGGAUGCGCCAGGCGUUUGGCCUAUGCAAGCUUAACUGGCACUCACAGUGAAAUGCUUAAAUCUAUGCAUGGGACGCCAUAUUGGAUGGCACCUGAAGUCAUCAAUGAAUCCGGCUAUGGAAGGAAGUCAGACAUCUGGAGCAUUGGCUGCACUGUAUUCGAGAUGGCCACAGGAAAACCACCUUUAGCUUCUAUGGAUAGGAUGGCAGCAAUGUUUUACAUUGGCACUCAUAGAGGGCUAAUGCCUUCUUUACCAGACCACUUUUCAGAAAAUGCAGCAGACUUUGUACGCGUCUGUUUAACCAGAGAUCAGCAUGAUCGGCCAUCUGCUCUGCAACUCCUGAAGCACUCUUUCCUUCAGAGAAAUCCCUAAAGGUCAACUGUGGAUGUUCUCCAGGAACCACUGUAGAUGUUCAGUUGUUUCAGAACUGCAGGGAAUGAAGGUUAAGGGCCAUGGAUCUUCCUGCUGGAAAUUUAGUAUAAUCCAAACUUAACCAGAACCUUGUGGUUUCAUCAGCUGAAGAUGUUAGCAUCCUAGAACUGGUUCUCAUUUUCCUGCAGGCUUCUGGACAUCUGUUGGAGCCAUACCAACUUGAGAGCCAAUUGUUCAAUUUUCAGUGUACCUCAAAAAUCUUCAAAUGCUAUAACUCAGGAUUGAUUUGUUAUUUUUUUGACUGUCUAGGCUUAAAGUGAUGGUGAAAAUGUUAAUAAUGUAAUUUAAACUUAAAAA